ACAUGCUGAGUAACAUUUUCAGUCAGAAGCUGUAAAUGGAUGAUCGAGAACAGCUGUUGGGGUUUAAACCUCAGAAAGAAAUAAUUUACAACAAACUCCUUCCGUACAAUGAAGCAAUCGAUGCAGAAUCAAAUGAUGUGUUGGCGGAAAUCAAAGCAAAUCUUGGUCGGUCUGUCCAGCUAAGAGACCUCAAAGUUGGUGCAGGUCACUGGUUUGGCCAGCUGUCUAGAUAUAUCCGCCUAUAUGGUUUGAAGUUUUCGAAAGAGGACCAUGUCAACUUUAUCCAUUUACUGUAUGAGCUAACAGUAAUUCCUGACCUGGAGUUGUCUUUGGUGUCUAAGUUUGCUACACAACUCUCACAUCUUCUCAAAAAGAAGAAGUUACUGUCAAGGGAAGAUUUGACACUUCAAUGGAAGCCAUUGCAUAACUUACUAGAAUCUGUUCUCUACUCACGUUAUGAACAACAUGGACUGCAACUGUUCCCAGGGAAUAUAGAAACUGUUUUGAAGACAUUGGUAAAAGAUUGUAGAACAUAUUUCCCUGCGGAAAGUACCCAGGAAAUGUUAGAUGAGUGGCGUCCCCUUCUCUGCCCCUUUGACAUCACUGUGAUCAAGGGGUUGCAGUACUUAGACUUGUUCUUACCCACAAACCUCCCAGAACAGGAAAUGGAUAAAGGGUUUAGGUUAUGGUUCAAAGAGUUGAUUGAUAUGUGGGACUCUUUUCAUAACAACCCUUCUUGGGAGAAGUGCCUUAUUAACCUGAUGUCUCGUCUUGCCCACUCCAACAUUGGCUAUAUAGACUGGAGUCCAUAUGUUCCUAAGGUGUUCACACGGCUAUUGCGAAGCUUUGACCUUCCAGUCGGAACACAAAAUGUUCAGGUCAGCCGUAACAACAACAGGGUAGAGAUAGAGCCUUUCAUCAUUUGGAUUGUAUCUUGCAUGGGAGGAGAAGGGAAUACAGUACAGGAACAUAUAGAUAUGUUAUUCAAAACAUUACAGAACUUUUACCAUCCUUCUAACCUCGGAAAAUGGAAUAUAAAACUGAGCAGUCUCCUGAUGACUUUUCCCAAAGUUUUCAUAAAUAGAAUUAACAGAGAGAGGUACCGAAAACCAACAUGGAUGAAGCAAAUACCAGAAUCUCACAAGCUUACAGAUGCUGAGAUAACAAAGUUUGUAGAGGGCAUGAAGAACACGGUGUUCACCUGUAUGUUCAGUAAAUAUGGAAGCCAGGACUCGGCCGUAGCUCUCAGACACUUGUCUACAAUGAGACCCGAACUGAUUGUUCCUCCUCUUCUAGAAAAAAUGUACCCUGCCAUGGAGACAUUGAUAGAGCCACACAGAUUGAUAGCUUGUAUGAACUGUGUGGUGUCUGUAGUGAGAGCAAUGUUGAGUGCUGGGAAGUGGUACCCUGAGGGACGGUCACAUCUGCUGCCAUUGUUGAAUCUCUCACUCCCUGGCAUAGAUCCUAAUGAUUUCAAGAAAUGCUUAGUAACAUUCCAGAUGAUAUCUACAUUUGUAUCGCUAGUACCUAUAGUAGACUGUUCCGAGGCCAUACACAGCAGGACUGACCUCACAGAAGAGGAGCGUGAAUUAUGCUCUGCCACUGCUCAGUUUGAAGAUUUUGUUCUACAGUUUUUAGAUAGAAUAUUUGCACUGAUAGAGAACAGUGCUCAGGAACAUGUUCACGGUGAGCAGGACAAGUUAAACACGGAACAGAUGAUUGUAGAGAAGGCGUUGGCAUCAACAUUUACCUCAGUUCUACAACAGUCUUCAACACCUAUCUUCUUGUCAGCAUUACGUAGACUACAUACCUUCAUAACAGGAUCAGUGUAUGAGAGCAGAGUAGGGGGAAGAUAUGCUGGGAACCUAGUCAGGGCUGCUCAGCAGGUAAACCCAAAAGAAACAUUGAAGAUGUUUAUGGACAAUAUAUGUGAUAGUCUUUUAUCACAGAUCCAUUCACAUGAGGAAGUUCUGCAAGCUGAGCGUCUUGAUGAUGGGUUCUUGUGGAAUCUUUUAAUGUUUUCACAGUUGUUAAGAUGCAACGGUUCACAGUUAUUGCCAUAUAAGUCUAAAAUUGUUGAUGUGUUCACCUAUAUACUGAGACUGAAGUGUGUACAGGGGUAUGAGAUAGCAGGGAAAUCAUUGAUGUACAUACUUCGAGGCCUCACCCUAACCUUCCCAAUGAACUAUGCCAGUGUGAGCGGAUCACUAGACAGACCUGUCACAGAAUACCUAGCUAUUAGAGAAUGGGCAAAGCCUGGUGAUAUAGAUGAUCUUGGGCUAGAGUGGCAUGAGCCUUGUCAAGAGGAGACAGAUUUUGUUCAGGAAUUGCUUGAGAAAUUCUUAGUUCCUGAACUGGACACCCUUAAACAGAUAUCUGCAGAAAAUACCGUACCUAGGGAGGAUUUAUUAAGACGUCUCAACAUUAUUAUGGAGUGUUUGAAUGGUGCUGGUGGUGUGUUACCUAUGUGGCAAGGAGAACAUAUAUCUAUGUUGCUGACUUCCAGUCACUUUCUCCACACUUCUGUGGGUUUGAGCCCUGCUCACGUCAUCAUGUGCAGAAGUCUGCUUCUUGUAAAAGAAGAGAUCAGUUCUUUGAGAGAUUGGAUUGCAAAAUCUUGCGGAAAUAAUUAUGAGGUAACUGUAUCAGGAGGUCAAAAUGUUAGAGUGGCUGUGGUAGAAGCUGUUAGACAUUUACUGGGAUACAUGCUGUCCUGCUCAGAGGAUGACACAAAGAGUUUCCACAGAUUGUUAAGGAUCUAUGAAUCAGUGCUGUUUUUCCAUGGUAUUCCGGAAUUGGAUUUUGAUGCAAGAUGGAAAAGUUUCCAUGCAGUGAAGAAAGCUCUAGAGGACAAGAUGAGAGGUGGAAAGAAUCAUCUCCGAGCCAUACUAGUAGACAGGGUACUGUUACAACAUCAGAUGAGAUGCCUACAGAAAACAGACAGGUCAUUUACAGCAAGACAUCAGGAAUUACUCCAGGAUCUGUAUAAAGUGUCAAUCAGUAGAUAUAGUGAGGUGAGAAAGAAAGCCCAGUCAGUUUUAUUUCAGCAUUUCCAUAGUUACCCAUACUCUUACAGAACCCUUGUUGAUCCCCUGGUAGAAAAGAUAAUCAGCCCGGAUACACCAGAACAUGAAUUUCAGGGAGCUUUGUACGUGAUACUGGGCAACAGCAAGCGUAACAUAGCAACCAAACGUAGCUGGGAGAUUAUCAGUAAAGUAUGGCCAGCUAUUACACAGGCGCAGCACUCUGAGAAACCUUCUAUACUUAACCUGAUAGACCAGAUUGUCAGCAAAACUGUCAAAAAUGCAGAAACCAUUGAAAUAAAGAUAGAGGUGAAUGAAGCCAGCCUGGCAGCAGCAGGUAGUUUGUUUGAAUCUCAGAACCCGCCACCAGCCCAGGGCCCAUGUUCUAGCACAGAAUUACAGGCUGCUAUACAGCAUGAAUCCAGUACUAAUGAUAAAUGUCUCAGAAUGUAUACUGAUCUUGUUGCCAAACUUGUUGAACUAGUCACAGGAGGAAACAUAAGAUGGAAGUUUUGUCAGAUUGGUAUGGAGUUUCUGUCAUUGCUGAUAAGACAUGAUACACCAUUGCCCACAUGUGCUGUAGAACUACUUGUCCAGAAAUGUGUGGAUGAUUCUCUCUACUUGAGAAAGAUAGGUGUUGCUGACAUGUUAGCUGUUCAGAAGCAACAAAAGAGACCACACAAGAAGAUAAAGGUUGACCCCACGAAACAAGGAGAGGGUACAGGAGUUACUGCCCCUUCUCACUCUUUCUCCCCUGGAGAUAGACCAGACAACAGUUGGCAUAAAUACAACUCUCAGAAUCUACCAGACACACAGGAGAAGUGGGAACAGCUAGUUGUGGUAGAGAAAACACACUGGGGAUACUAUACUUGGCCCAAAGAAUUGGAGACCUAUGCUCCGCACAAUGAGCAACCAAAGUUAAACCGAAGUCGAGAGGAGCUAUCAGAGAGUGAGAGGGUGAUAUAUGAUGCAUACAUGGACAAGGAGUAUGUACAGAAAAUGGUGGACUUCCUUGCUCUAGAGGAAAAUAAAAACAAAGACAAGUUCAGUCAGAAGAAAAUGACACUGUUUAAGGGAUUGUUCCGAAACUAUGGUGAUUGUUUGUUAGGGAACUUUAAACCACAUAUAGAGAGACUUAUCAGUGAUACAAGUCACGAUAAACAUGAUUCCAGUCAACGCUGUGCCAUGGAAAUACUAGCUGGUAUCUUGAGGGGGUCAAAACACUGGCCAUACCAACAGACCAAAGCACUGUGGGAUUGGGCCUUACCUUUGAUAAAAACAGCUGUGAACAAUCUGACUGUAUCAACACUUUCUGAUUGGUCGACAUUUUUCACCAGUGUGUCAGAAAGUCGAGAUCCUCGUAAAAUAUACUGGUUCUAUGAGAUGCUGAUGGACAAUCCUCUAAAUGGUGAAGGUGGAUCAUUUGGAGAUGCUGGUCGUUUCCUGAUGGUACAGAAUGCACUGUUACAACAGGAGUGGCGUGUAGGUGAUCUACAACGUAGGUUGUUGACGUACCUUACCCCUCACUUUGCACAUACAUACAAGAAUGUCAGGGACAGAAUGGGCAGUUUGCUAUCAGAUGUGUUCAUACUGGACUAUAAGAUGUUUCCUUGGUCCACAUCAACCUCUCCCUCGAGGAAGGGGUUUAUAGACCAAGUAUUACCACAGUUACAUAAGCUCAAAGAUCUUACAAUUGAAGAGGCUCAACAUCAAAAUGGAGGAUCUAUAGAAACAAGUUCGUCUACAGACAAGCUAGAGAGUGGUGUAGAGAAGAUGGAUAUAGACAAUCAAAGUGAAGAAAGUGAAGAGAGAAAAGAACUCACUAGGCUUUGUAAAACAGUGAUGAAGUGUAUAACUAGCUGUAUAAGUAGAACUUUCAACACUGCACCUCCAGAGAUCAUACAUCUACUGCCAAUUAUGUGUACAUUAGAGAGUGAAUCAAAAGAUGAGGAGUUAAACACAGACUGUACAGUUGCUCUAGCUAGUUUGUCUCAGGCAUUGAUACAACCAGAGGUUAUUCCAGUCAUACUACAUACCAUCAAAAAUGUUACUGGUUUACAGUCUUGGCAUGCUAGGUCAGCAAUUCUAGGGUAUAUUCAAGUUAUGGUAUUUUGUAAUUUCUUCACAAUGCAAGAUCCCAAACACAAAGAAAAUAUCAAAGAGAUUGUGAUGCACCUUAUAUGUGAUGAUAAACUUGAGGUACGAGAGAUGGCAUGUAUAACAUUAAGUGGGUUGUUACAGUGUGGUUACCUCGAGAUGAACCAAGAUUUACUGGACCAUUUUGAAAGACUGAGUGGAACAAAGAUAAGUAAGCGUAUGAAAUCAGAAAACUUACCUGUAGAAAAAUUGAUUCAGCGCCAUGCAGGAGUGCUUGGUUUGAGUGCUUAUGUACAGGCCUAUCCAUAUGAUGUACCAGAAUUUAUGCCACAAAUUCUUAUGGACCUCAGUAAUCAUGUUAAUGAUCCACAGCCAAUACAGAUGACUGUUAAAAAGACAUUGUCAAACUUCCGUCGUACACACCACGAUAACUGGCAUGAUCAUAAACUCAUGUUUACAGAUGACCAGCUUGUAAUUCUAACUGACCUGCUUGUCUCACCAAACUAUUAUGCUUGAUCAGAGUCAUCAUUCUAGAAAUACUAGAUGCAGAGAGAAGACACAAGAACUGAAAGAGACAGACUGUGUCCCUACCACCAGAUAUAUAUGUAGAGGAUGCUGUUAAGUUUUAAGUUCAUACAAACCAUGUUUAAAGUCUGAAUACAUCUAAUUUGUGGUAUUUCCUUGCCUUGUGACCUAUUUUACAAUGAUUUUAUUGUAAUAAUAAUUAGGAAGGAAAGAUGAUACUUAAAACAUAAAUUUGGUUUUGUGUUUCUAAAUCAUUAUGUGUAAUGUUCAGUGGAGAGGUGCUGUGAGCAUACACUCCUUUGUAUGUCAGAAUAAAGACGGAUGUUCUAAAACCCUUUAAUGAUUGAACAUUAUUUUCAGAGAUAGUAUAGGAGUAAUAAUAGAGGGAUCUUUAAUGAGUUUUAGAAAGUGAUCUAUAAAGUUUGGAAAAAAAAGAA